AUGCUUGUUGUUGAACAAGCAGCAGAAAGAAUAUUCGAAGCUCUAAAUCGAAAGUUCGAAAUAUUGACUAGUCAACUUGGAGACAAGUUUAAUAUUGGAAUUGAAGAGAUAUGCAGUAGAAAAGAAGAUAAUAGACAAAAAACCAGCACUAAUUCAAAAAUAACAACAAUACAACAUCAAAUAGCACAAGAUCCACCAACAGCAGAAACCCAAAAUGAAAAUGAUAAUCCAUCAAUAACACCUAUCAACGGAACUAAAAGGAAAUAUAUCUCACCGAGCGACUCAUCAGACAAAACAGCAAAUACAGAAAAUAAUUCGAGAAUAUAA